AGUUUCUCUUUCCAUAAUUCGCAUCCACCACGAGCCUUGAUGCCAACCAGACGCAUCUGGGGGUGCGCUCAACGCGUGUCUCCCGAUCUUGCCGGGCGGUCAUCAAUUAUCGGGGGGUCUACGAGCCCGCGUCUGCCAUCGGUGCGGUUCCAAAGCCACAUUCUCUCCCGAAAUAUCCACACCACUGUUCGGAACACAAGAAGACGCACUAUACCGUACCGUCAUUUGCAUCAACCUCUAUACUUUAGUAGCAGUCAUCAGUCACGCACCAUUUUUACUGAGUCCAUACCACCAAUCCUGAUACCUCCCGUCAUCUUCACGGGUCUCCUCCUCUCCCUAUGGACCUGGAAAUGCUUCUGGAUUGUAGUGAUGCAAGAAAAGCUUCUCUAUCUCACAUGGCUGCCACCGUUCGCACGAGCCGAAAAGAUCUCCGACUAUGAAACUGAAUGUAGGCCGGUGCGCUGGCAAGCGCACCAAAUUCGGAGUCGCGAUGGUACAAAACUAUCAGUAUGCGAAGGUCGCAUUCCUGUUAAAGCCACUUCUUCUGGAAGCAUUCAGCAGACGAAAAAUCACAGUAAGAAGAAAUUAGUAGUGAUUUGCUACUUCCAGGGCAACGGUGGCUCAACUCCCAUGCGUUUGCCCCUUCUAUCGCAGUUCCUGCGCGCAAUCUACGCCUCUCCUAAAACUUCUCCUGCUGCUUCAGCGUCUGAAGAGAAGGACUACGUGGUAGUAGCUCUCUCCUACCGCGGAUUCUGGACAUCUUCUGGUCGUCCUACCCAGCACGGUAUUGAGCUCGAUACUCAAGCUUUUCUUGAUUGGGUUACGGAGACCUACACUGCCCCGGACACAGAUCUCCAGAUCAUGCUGUGGGGGCAUAGUCUGGGUUCGGCGAUUGCGACCACUGGUCUCGCUACGUAUCUUCCGCGGUCGCGCAAUGCAAAUUCCCAAUCUUCGGCUCCUAUUGCUGGGAUGAUUCUCGAGGCGCCUUCCUCCAGCGUCAAGGACAUGCUGAUUAGCCUCUAUCCCCAGAAAUGGUUGCCGUAUCGAUAUCUUUGGCCGUUUUUGCGGAGCCAUUGGGAUACUAUCCUUGCUAUGGAGCGGAUGACACGCUGGAGGGAUGAUCUAAAUGAUGAAUAUGAAUACAGUGCGGAUGGCAAUGGUGGCGGGGCCACAUUGCCACCAGUCCUAAUAUUGUCUGCCGAGAAAGAUGAAGUCAUUCCCCCACAUGCAGCAGAUGAACUGGAACGGGAGGGCAAACGACUCGGCCUGGAUAUGUCUCGAAAACAUGUUCUUGGGGCUCUUCAUACGGAGAUCCCGGUCAAGGCGAGUGGGAGAGAUGCUAUGGUAGAAUUUAUCGGUCGAUGUACGUCUAGCCCCACGGGGGAUAGGCGUGAUGUUACUUAGUACCUACAGGAAAUUUGCCGGUCAAUUGCCCAUAACAUCUUCUGGAAAGAAUUUAUCUCAUGUUACUUUUUCGGGUAGUGUUAGCUUUGUAUACACAACCCUAGAUCAAGUCCUCAAAUCCACCAUUUCAGGCUGCACCAAUACACAACUCAUUCUCCUAGUGCAAAUGAUUAGAAAUCCUCCAUUCGGAAAACACUAUACGAUGGCUGUUCAUAUGGAUGUGCCCUAUUCCGCCAGUCACUAAUCGACCACGUUCCACAUCCAGAGAAAAAACAUACAUCUUCAACGCCUCCACAGCCAGCCGUGCAACAUCCUCACCCACACAAAUCGUCUCAACCCUCACCUCUGGGGUCUCCUCCAAAGCCCCCACGGUCCCAAUAUGUGGGUUGGCAGCAUCACCGGGUCGGAACUGUCCCGUACCAGCGGUGGUCCAGCAACACUCUGUAUACUUCCCGCCUGGGUAGCGGCCCGCGCCGGCAGCGAAGAUGGCGGCUUUGCAGGCCGCAAGGCUGGUCGGGGGAACAUUGAAUAUGAGGCGGAAUUGGGUGGGAGACAUGUUCUGAUGGGGUGGUUACUGGAUAUGCUAUGACUUUUCGCCAAAACAGAUGAG